AAGAUUAUCACCUGAGAUAACACUUGAAGUUUGUCCAUAGAGCGACUUCUGAAACUGACCAUCAAAUACUAAGAAGGAUUGUGUCCAAAUGGCCGUGGUGCAAGUUGUACCUCUGGGUCUUGGUUGAAAUCAUGUUCUGGGGGCUCCUCCUUUCUACCUGCUAGCAUGAAUAAAAGGCAGAAGAAGAAAGGCAUCAGUGGGUUUAUUUAAAAGAAUGUGGCAGACUGUAAAAAGUGCAACACAAAACAAUGAAGUGGGCCCUCUUCUGCCACAGCCUAACACAAAUUUAGUGGGCCCUCAGCCAGAUCCAUCAGUUCUUGAGCCAGUGGUUCUACAGGUUCCAACCGAUCCUCAACCAAAUCAAUCCAAACUUAAAUCAAUGACUCUGCAGGACCCAGAUGAUCCUCAACCAGGUCCAUCUGUCCUUGAGACAGCAGUUCUGCAGGAUCCAGAUGAUCAUCAGCCGGAUCCAUCUGUUCUCAAGCCCACGGCUCUGCAGAAUCCAGUUGUUCCUCGUACAUUGCCACCUUGGCCUGUCCAGAGUUCUUUCAGGCGAAGAAGACGCAUUGGAGAUCCAGUUCCAUACAUCCCUCCAGCUACUCUUCCAUUUGGUGAACUUUAUGAAUGGGGAAGGUUAAUUGGAAAAGGAGGCAAUGGCUCUGUGUAUGAGGGGAUCCGGAAAUCUGAUGGCCAGAAGGUCGCCAUCAAAUUUAUUCCAAAGAGGACAAGCGACAAUUAUAUAAAAAUUCUUGGAUGUUUUGAGCCAGUGUUUGAAGAAGUGGCUAUAAAUCUGGUGAUGAAACAGCCCCCACCAAGUCCAUACAUAGUGUAUAUGCUGGAAUGGUUUGAAGAGGAAGAUGAUUACAUCCUCAUUCUGGAGUAUCCAUGGCCCUGCAAGAGUUUGCGCAGAUUCCUCAGUGACAACAGGCCACGAGUAAAUGAAUCACUGGCACGUGGCCUGAUGAUCCAAGCGGUCCUCGGAGCAAAGCACUGUCUUGACCGUGAGGUCUUCCAUUGCAGCAUUAAAGAAGACAACAUGCUGGUCAAUACAUCCACAAUGGAACUCAAAUUAAUAGACUUUGGCGGCAGUUGCCUCGUCAAUCCUUCUGGCUUCGAAAAUGGACAUUUAGGAGGUUGCCGCCCACCUGAGUACCCCAGUGAAUAUCAUGCAGGCCCAACAACAGCCUGGAGUCUGGGUGCCAUGCUUUACUCAAUGGUCACCGGAAAUAAUCCUUUUAAGACUGCAUUUGACAGAAUGAUAGCCAAUGUGACGAUCGACCACACAUUAUCCAGAGAAUCCCAGGAUUUGAUAAAUCGGUGCCUGACUCGUGACCCUGCAGAGAGAGCAACUUUAGAGGAGAUCUCACAGCAUGAAUGGUUUCAACAGGGACAAAUGUCAGGAGUAGCUCAGGAGUCAGGUAGCGUAACUUAGGGAAGGCAGAAGAGAAAUCCUAAAUUAUUUUAGUGAAAAGCAAGCAGUGCUUCAAUUUUUUCUUUCUAUUUAUUAAUUUGGAAGAUACUCCAAAUCAGUCCCAGUGAGGAAAAACAGCACAAACCAUUCAGCACAAAGUCUUCAGAGGGUCGAGUUUAGUUAAACAGUAAGCAGCAAACUUGGUGCACAAAAAAGGAAAAGCAAAUUACUAUAGCAAAUAGAAAAAAAACUCUGAAGAGCUAAUCUUGUGCACAAAAAAGAAGAAAAGUCUUUGAGGAAGUCUGAAAUCAUAAAUCUAGUUAAAUUAUUGGGUAGGAUUUCCUUAAUAAAUCAUUAAAAAAAUGUUUCUCGAUCAGAAGGAAAGACAUGAGUGGUUUUACAGUUAUGAUCGACCAAAAGGUAAUAGAAACAGUUAGUGAUUUUAAUUUUUUAGGUGUUAUUUUGGAUUCUCAAUUAAAAUUUGAUGUGCAUGUAAAGAGGCUUUGUAAAACCAUCAGAACAAACCUGAAUUGCUUUUAUAUUAUUUUAAAAGCCUAACCAGGGACUGUGGCUGCACAUUAGUUGUCCCUGCUAAAAUAAUAAUAAUAAUAAUAAUAAUAAUAAUAAAACAGUGAAUGAAGUUUAUCAUUUGUAAUAAAAUAAGAACAGGUUAUAAAAUUAGGUCUAACAAGAAUAUUCAGAUAUAGAAAUGUAAUUAAGUGUGAAAUAAGUUAACACUGCAAAGUUUUUGCUGUAUAAAUUAAGUAUAAAUUUUUGUUGUUGUCAGAUAUUUAUAGGCUGCUGUCACUUUAAGACUGAAUGCACAGAUAUAAUAAUAUACAUUCGAUUUUUAUUCUAAUUUCCUUCUCUUCAAGACAUAACCAGUUGUGUUUAUGAAAAAAUUUGACUAGAAUUUUGAGGUAAUUUAGUAUAUGUCCGCUCAAGCGCAAGGAGAAAUUCUGUUCACAUGCUUUCUGAAACAUGACCCUCUGUGUUCUCAUCAAUAAACAGCUUACAAAAGAUUCACCAACUUAAAUCCUUAUGAAGUUCUUGUGUAGCAGGCUAUAUAGUUCAUCAAUGUCUAAUUACAUAAAUUAGGCAGAAUUCUAGUUUUUAGUUAGGCCUAUUUGAGUAAUUUAUCGGUUCACAUUUGACUGUCCUCCUAAACAAGACUUUUAAUUCAAAAAACCUCUGUCCU